ACUCAACUGCCGCUCCUCUCUUUCCGCGAACGAAAUGGACAGGAAAUCUGCGGUGGAGGCCCGGCCGGUUUCAAACAAGGAUCGUCGCCGACCGGGACCCUGGCCGCCGGCCAUCGAGCCGUUCGUCUCCAAGACGGAUCACAGUCCUCAUGAGCUCAAAUCGUGGGCGAAUAGGACCGGCUUCAACCACAAUUUCUCUGGUGAGAGCACUUUAAGCAGCAUCAUAGACGAGGGAGGGGAAGAUGCGGCACCGCAGGGACAAUUAGCGCCCACACCGCCACCGCCGCCGCCCGGAAAAGGUGUGGGGUUGGAUAUGGAGAAGGGCCUUGGCCGCCGCCUCGGGAACCGGGGGGCGUCCAAGGUCGAGUUGGAGCCAAUUUUGGGGCAGAGAAGGACAGAUGCUGACAUCGGUCCAGCGGCGGAUCUGGACUCGGAGCUUGCUGGUUUGAAGAAUGUUGGGAGGAAAUUCGAGAAGGAGAAGAGGAGGAUUGGAGUUGAGCCUGAAGUUGGUUUGAAGGAGGAGGGCAGAUGGGUGGGAAAUGAUCUGCCAUUGAGAGGGAAGGGCGAGGGUAAAAAUGUAAACGAGCGCGGGAACGGGGAGCCUGCGAUGACUAUGGGAUCUGGGGAUGGAGAGGCGAAAAAAGAUGAAGUGGAGAUUGACUUGAUUGCGGAUCCUCCUGAGCCGCAGAUUACGGCUCCGCUUAAAUCGGGCCUUAUGUGUGAACUCACAGAAAAUCCGGGUUUUGGUCGGCUGUUUUUAUAUGGUAUCCAACACUAUCUUUCACUGGCUGGCUCACUUAUAUUUGUACCUCUAAUCAUGGUUCCCGCCAUGGGUGGAACUGAUGGGGAAACUGCUAACGUUAUUGCAACUGUACUACUAGUGUCUGGUGUUACGACAAUAAUGCACUCAUUCUUUGGUACUAGGCUUCCAUUGGUUCAGGGAAGCUCGUUUGUAUAUCUUGCUCCUGCUUUGGUUAUCAUUAAUUCAGAAGAAUAUCGAAACCUCAGCGAUAAUAAAUUCAGGCACAUUAUGAGGGAAUUACAAGGGGCAAUCAUUGUUGGUUCCAUUUUUCAAACCAUCUUGGGUUAUAGUGGACUUAUGUCACUUAUUCUGAGGUUGAUAAAUCCAGUUGUAGUUGCUCCUACUGUUGCUACUAUAGGUUUGGCAUUUUUCAGCUAUGGUUUCCCUCAGGCGGGUUCCUGUGUAGGAAUAAGCAUCCCGCUAAUUCUAUUGAUUCUUAUUUUCACUCUGUACCUUCGCAAAAUUUCAAUUUUCGGACAUAAAAUUUUCCUAGUUUAUGCGGUUCCCAUUAGUGUUGCCAUUGUUUGGGCAUAUGCAUUCUUUUUGACGACUGGUGGAGCUUAUAACUAUAAAGGCUGCAGCUCAAAUAUACCCAGCUCGAAUAUUUUGGCAGAUACUUGCAGAAAACAUGCACUUACCAUGAAGCGUUGUCGCACUGAUGUUUCUGUUGCUUGGAAGACAGCAGCUUGGGUUAGGAUUCCUUAUCCAUUCCAAUGGGGGGCACCUACAUUCAAUUUCAGGACAUCCAUCAUUAUGGCAAUUGUAUCAAUUGUUGCAUCAGUUGACUCAAUUGGAUCAUACCAUGCCACAUCCUUGCUUAUUAAUUUAAGGCCUCCGACACCUGGUGUUGUUAGCAGAGGCAUAGGACUGGAAGGUCUUUCAGGAAUUCUGGCUGGACUUUGGGGCACUGGUACUAGUUCAUCAACAUUGACAGAAAAUAUUCAUACCCUUGAUGCAACAAAGAUGGCGAGCAGAAAAGCCUUAUCAUUUGGAGCAGUCUUUUUGAUCCUCUUCUCUUUUGUAGGAAAAGUGGGCGCUCUUAUUGCUUCAAUACCACUGGCAUUGGCUGCUGCUGUCCUGUGCUUCACUUGGGCUUUAAUUGUGGCACUUGGCCUAUCCACCAUGCAAUACACUCAGUCUGCAUGCUCGAGGAACAUGCUCAUCGUUGGGUUUACAUUAUUUAUUUCUCUAUCCAUUCCUGCAUAUUUUCAACAAUAUCCGUCUAGCUCUACCCUCAUUCUUCCUAGUUAUCUUGUACCUUACGCAGCCGCAUCUGAUGGACCCAUAAAUACUGGCAGUAAAGGACUCAAUUAUGCUUUGAAUUCUCUCCUGUCGCUUAACAUGGUGGUUGCUCUCUUGGUGGCAUUUAUACUCGACAACACUGUGCCUGGAAGCAAGCAGGAAAGAGGUACUUAUAUUUGGUCUUCUUCACGGAAUUCUGACGUUGAUCCAUCUUCUAUGGUACCUUAUCUAUUGCCAAAAAAAGUUGGGUGCCUCUUCAGGUGGGCUAAAUGGGUUGGAUCUUGACCGCAACAGUUUCUGAUGCCAUAAUUACUGGUCUGUUAAAAAACUGCUUCUACUUCGCUAUUGCUUCUCAUUUUUAAAUUUUUUUUAUGGCUUUAUUUUGUUUAGUAUAGAAAUAUAGGAUAUUUUUGCUGCUCUGACAGUCUGACUCUUCGAUAGAACAAGAGAACUCCAGCUGGCUUUGAAAUGGCAAAUAGUAGCUAGAAGGAAAAGAAAAUGAAUUAGGAUAUCUCAUCAGAUUCUGACUAGAUAUCUUGAACCAAAAAAAUUUCCUUAGCUCAAAUAACUUUUUUUCCUCCAUUUUUUUUUCCUUCUUCAUUCGUAUGUGGAGAAAAUUGGAGUCCCUAUCUUGUAAAAUUUGAAGAGGGUAUCUUAUUCAUUACAUUUAUUGUGGAAUGUUACAAAUUGAAAUAGAAAAAUGCUUGUUUAA